CUCUUCCUGUAAUCUAUCGCAUGUUUUUAUUUACAGGAAGUUGCGCAAUAGAAUAUGUGUUUACCUUUGCUGCUUGUGCGCUUCACUUCACUUAGAUCACACAGCAAUGAGCGAGAAUGACAAAUAUAACGGACACACGCGUCGUGAUUGUUGCUGCAGUCAUUCGUGUGUUUAUAUUUAACUUUCUUAUUAUUAUUACGUGGUUAUUUGAUGGCAUCCGAACAUAAGUUCGACUUUCUUAUUGUUCUCACUCAUUCUCAUCGUCCCGUUGCCUCCACUUGGACCAGUGCUUCACCUUUUGGAUGUACUAUACGCAAUCACUGCUGGUUUUCUUGUAUUCUUUGGUAAGGUUUGGGGUUGGGUGAACCGAUACGUCAUCUCGCCAUUGCUGACUCUUUUGACACCUGUUGUAAAUUGGAUUUUCCGUCGUUAUAUCACGGCGAAAAAUGUCGCGAGGGUACUUGUGCGACUCACCAAAACAAUAAUUGAGCGAUAUUUUCCUUCAUUCCUGAGCGAAAUCCUUUUUUGGCUCGGCGAAUCGAUUCUGGCUCCUCCAAUCUUUUGGGCAAGGAAGAUCUACUUGUUUGUUAAUGGUCCUUUACGUCUGGCGCAUCGCAUUUUCAUUCGAGUCCACGGUAUUUAUAUGAAUGAUUCGAACGAUCGCGUGAACACUUGUACAAGGUAUAUCAUCAAAGUGCUUCUGACCGGAACUGCAUUGAUUAUAGCUUUACCGAGCCCAGUAUCUUUGUUGAACUAUUUUGUUACCGGAUAUGGAUAUCCCGGAUCCACCAUAAGGUUCCAGUACUGCCCUGCUUUGCGGAGCAUUGACUUAAAGUCUUACCUAUUCUUGGAAGUUUCCUAUUCGCUGUGGAACAUAUUACGAACUCUGUGUUUUUUUCUCUUCAGCAAAUGCAUGUUCAGUGGCUCGUGGACUAUUACCAUGAACAUCAAAACACAAAUUGGGCCCUGGUACAAUACCUGGCUCAUGGGAUACGCCAGAAUGCUCAUUGUUGGGCUGGUGACCCCAUUUGUGCUACCGUUUCAAUGCAUGUGGCAGGUCAUAAACAAUACCCUUUGCCCUGUAAGUCACAUAGCAUUUUUGGCAAUACUGAACGGACAUAAGCGCUCCAACUUCUUUUUGGUCUACUACGGCAUAUGCUCCAUUAUUGUGCACAUGGAAAGCGUCUUGGUAGCGCUCGUUGCCACGUUGCACAGUCUGCGCGUGAGUGUAAAUGAUCACGUGAGUUUGAUGCUAUGCAUGAUAGAACUAUACCUCGUUUUGAACGUGUCUUGGAAAACGUGUAAACUCACUUGGAGAAAAAUCAAGUCUCCCAAUGAAGAUGUGUUGUGGGAAACUUGCUCUCACAGCGAGUGAAACUUCAAGUUUUACUGAUUUGCUCAUAUGUGUAUAAGGAGGUCUGCUAGCUGUUUAGUUGGAUUUUGUUCGGACGACAAAGGCAUUGUCUGUUGGAAAACCAUGCGUGGACUAAAGACUCUAUGUGCUAGUAAGUGUUAACGUGCCUGAAUAGUUACAAGAGGGUGCUAAUAUACUGCGGCCGACCGCGCGAAGACCGAAUAGCGCUAUCCACUGGAUAGCAAAUUUUUUGAACGUUUAAAAUAGCCCUCUUAAAAGAGAAAAAUGUAAGGUUUGAAAUGAGCAUUCCCUAAAAGAAAAUAUUUCUUCCAAGAUUACAAAAAUUUCUAUGUCGUAAGGAAAAUAUAAACAACAUUUUUACAAGUUUGAAAUUUUACUAUUCAAUGGAUAACGCUAUUCGCCCUCUGACCUGUUAAUUAAUUGUAAAGUACGAAUUUAGCAUAUAUAAAGAAAAAGAUGUUUAAGUAUAUAAUAGUAUAAAUUAACGCAAAAUCAACGUUGCAUAUAUCGUUAUUGUGGUCAUAUUAUAUUUAUUUACUAAAUUGAA